UUUAAUACCAAAUCCAGGCGCUAAUUGCCCUUUUUAAGCUCCCUUCACCUGCAAUAAACCAGAGUACAGACGCUCUAAUUUCCCCCAACGCAAAGAGGAAGAAGAGAGAGAUGGGAAGAGCUCCUUGUUGUGAUAAGGCAAACGUGAAGAAGGGACCUUGGUCACCGGAAGAGGAUGCUAAGCUCAAGUCAUAUAUAGAGAAGCAUGGAACAGGUGGGAAUUGGAUCGCUCUGCCACAGAAGAUUGGGAUGAAGAGGUGUGGGAAGAGCUGCCGCCUCCGGUGGCUGAAUUAUCUCCGGCCGAAUUUGAAACAUGGGGGCUUCACGGAGGAGGAGGAUAACAUCAUUUGUAGUCUCUACGUGACAGUUGGAAGCAGGUGGUCUUUAAUUGCUUCCCAUCUGCCCGGAAGAACAGACAAUGACAUUAAGAAUCACUGGAACACAAGAUUAAAGAAGAAGCUACUAGGCAAAUCCCGCAAAGAUCAUCACCAGCACCAUACCCGACCCAAGCAACUGGAGCCUAAAAAAUUAGAACAAACAAAUAAUGAGUUUUACUGGCCCGAGCCAUCUUUACCCUCCAAUUACCACGAAACAGACAACCAAGCUUCCUUUAAAAAGCUUCUAAUGAAGCUUGAAGGAAGAAUCUCAACUGAUGAAGCUGAAAUUCCUCCUUUGAUCAAUGCACAUGAUCAAAACUAUAUAUAUGGCAACACCAAAGCAAGCCUCAUGGCCUCUUCAACUCACCUCAGCUCCUUCAAUGAAUGCUUCUCUACUAACCUCAACGACAUAUUUGGCUCAAAUGAAGUGAAAUUAGAAGGAUUUGAUAGUUAUUCUCUGUAUGGAAUGACAAGCAUGGCUGAAGGGAUUACAGGAUUGCUUGGAACUCCAGAGGCAGCGAACUGGAGUAGUACUGAUGUAAGCUCUUUGAUUUAUUCUCCCAUGGCUUCUACUGCUUUGAACUAUCAAGGUACGAUGCAACAGUACUCUGUGUACCAAGAUCACCAGAUGCAUCUGGGUAUUUAAUUUAGUUUUCAUUCGAUUAUGGAUAAAUUUUGGCUCGAGAUAUUAUAAAGUUAAAUUUUAAAAAAAUUCAUAUAUUUGUGUAUGUAUCUCGAGCUAAAAUUUAGCUUAAGGACAUCCUGAGCUGAAUAGUUUCUGUUCAAUUUAAUGGUGUGUACAUGCAUGGUGGUUUAGUUUAGAUGGUUACAAUUUGUUAUGGUGUUGGAAUUCUCAAAUGUAUACCUACAA